AUGGACACCACGUCUGCCUUGCUGGACUUGGCGAUUUGUGUGGCGUAUGUGUCCAUCCCGCUGCAGCUGGUUUUUGUAGCCACCAGGAAAGUAACAGCGAUCGAUUUCAGGAAAAUCACAGGAAACAUGAGUUCGGAUGAGCUUGCCAUCAGCCGUACACUGAUCAUAGCCUUCGCAUGCUUUAUUUUGUGCUGCGGCUGCGGACACGGAAUACGAGCAAGAAAGGCAUUGUCGAACACUUCCGAAGACUUCUUGAGUAGGAUGGAACACACGAUCCACGUGGGGACCGCCUUGGUCAGUGUGCUUACCAGCCUCCUUCUAGGGAUGUGGCUACCAAAGCUGCUGUCAUUUUGCAAUGACAUCGAAAUCCAUCGCAAAGGAUACAUGAAGAUUGUGAUGGAGGAAUACGCCAAAGAGGACCAGAUCGUCACCUCUGGUGACCUGGAGGAAAUGAAGGGCUCGGAGAGAGAACUUCGAGGCAAAGUCGCUAGUUUAGAAGCGCAGUUGAAGCGAACGGCACACGAGUUGUUGAUCGCUCAAGACUUUUCAGUGGACGUCAUUUCACUUGAAGAGACAGCUGGUGGUAUUCUUCAGAAGAGCAAAGAUCUGUCGCAGGAGCUAAAGCCCCUGCCAAACCUGCUGGGAAAGUGCCAAGGUCACAGAAAAGUGUUGUCCACUUCGCAGAUGAAGCAGAUCAUUGGGGCCAUCUAUGUGCUAAACAAGGCACGUCCAAGCUGGGCGGAAAACCCAGAUGGCACCUGGGGAGAUUUUCAUAUCCUGCUGCGAAGAAUCGUCGGCCAGAAAUCUGCGAAAUAUGCCACACUCCCAUCUGAGAGUUGGUUGGAGGUUUGUAACUGGUGCGCAUCCCUUUCACAUCAGCAACUGAUUUCUCUCUUGCAAUCGGUGCUGAAUUUUGCAAACUCGCCCAAACCCGAGAAAGUUGUUGAAAUUGCAGACCAACUCAAACUGAUCAAUGCAGCAGCAUAG